AUGUCGUCUAUCAUCUUUCAACCGUUAUUACAUGAUCCAAUAGGAUGGAAACCAUCAAAUUCAACAUAUACGGAUCAUUAUAAAUGGAGAAAAUAUCGAUCAAGAAGUAAAGAUAAAAAAAUUUCAACAUAUGGUCAAAAAUAUCAAAGACAAUUACAAAAACAACAAAUAAAACAAUGUUUACUUGUACCAUCAAAUGAAGAAAAAAUAAAUAAUUCUGUUAUUGUAGUAAAAAAAUCUGAAGAUAAUCAAGAACGACCUAGUUCACAUCGAUCUACAUCAUCAAAAUCACCAGUUAUUAUUGUUGAAUAUAGACAACGUCCAGCUACAGCUUAUGAGGACACUAAUUGCCAAUCAAAAGCAUCACAACGUUCACAAUCUGCACUUCCAAAUAUUGAAGAAAGGACUCGUCCAUUGACAGCACCUGAAACACGUCAAACACCAAGAGAAGAAAAAGAAAAACGACCAAUUGACCCUAAUAAUGAUAACAGUCGUCAUUGGCUUACUUAUCCAAAUCCUAAAACACCUGAUUAUAUAAAUGAUAUAAAAAAACGUUUAGGACAAUUAAAAAUACCUUCAACUCUUGGUCGACCAUCAUCAGCAUCGAAUGUUUCAAUUCAACAACAACAACGACAACAACAAACGCCUCAAUCAAAUAAUCGGCCAUUAUCUGCUUCAACUCAAAUUCAACAUAAACAACAAACAAAUGAUGAUCAACAUCAUUUUCUUACAUUUAAUACUCGUGAUACACCAGAUGAUUUACGUGCUACUCGUUAUCGUAUUGAUAAACAUCGAUAUAAUCCAUCAUUAGAUAGUUAUCCACCACGUCCAAAAACAUGUCCUGUACGUGUUCAUGAUACUCCUAAACCAAUAACACCAAAAGAAUCUGAAAAUGAACAAAUUCAACCAAUGAAAAAUGAUGUAUGGAUUGUUGAAGAAGAAAAACCAUCAAAUACAUUAGAUGUUGAAUCGCCAUCAAUUCUUAUACAAAUGGUUGAUUGUGAUGGUUUACCCAAUGAAUAUGUUGAAGCACUUGAAACAGCUAAUGCUGCACAAGAAACAUAUUUAAGAAAUUUGAAAAUGAAUGCUGAAAGAAGACCUGAUAAUUCCGUUUAUCGCCUAUCGGAGAAUAAAAACGAUUCUUUAGUUACUUAUCCAAGUCAACAGCAAUCAACAACAAUGAAUAAUCAAUUGCGUCAAUUAGCACGAUCAUCACACAAUGAUUUUGGUGUUUGGGUUCGAAAUGCAACAGAUAAAGAACGAGCAUCAGCUAUGAAAAUUUUACAUGAAGUUCUUAAUCAACCAAUUGUAGGUUAUGAAAAUCAAACAAAACAUAAACCUGUUUUUAAACAAGCACCAGCACCACCACCGAUUCGUACUUCAUCAGCAACAAGAAAAUUAGGUCGUACACGUACUCAACAUCAAUUUCCAUGUGAAAUAUGUGAAAAACUUCUUAUUAAACGUCAUGUAUGGGAUUUAAGUGGGUCAGAAAAAUUAACUUGUCCUCAUCAUCCUCAGAGUAUUCAAGUUCGAGCAUAA